AUGACGCCGACACCAGAAAAGGCAUUGAAAGCAGCGCUUGAGCCAAAGUAUAUGCACCCGAGGAUAAUUUGGGUGACCAUCCCCAAAGCCAUCGCGUUAAGAGGAACGCCAAAACGCUGGUCGACUUUCUUCCACCACCCAGAUCCAGGGAUGGCACUAUCUCGCGCAAAGGCCCAGGUGCACCUAGAAGUGGCUGUAACACAGCAGAUGCCGCAGGUUAAACCAAGAACCAACGGCGGAAUUAGAAGGCAAAUGCGCCUGCAGAGUUUCCCGUGA